CAUAGGGUGCAGUCAAAUGUAAAAUCAAGGUGACAUAAUUAUAAUUAUUCAACCUACAUGUUGUUAAUGUUAAAACCAUCUCAUUAGUGUCUGAAUAUUGAUGAGCUUGGUAGUAUAAAAACCCUGGAAAGUAUUGGUUAAGCACAUUCAAAUUCCAUCGUUUGGAACCUUCGUACCUGUUCUUAGUACCUGAACAUCUCUCUCAUCCAACAUGAAGUUGUACAUGGUCUUUGCUCUGGUGUUGGCUUGCGUCGCCUGCUGCAUCGCCCAUGAUGGAACCAACUUCUACUGCGGAAGGCAGCUGUCGAGAGCUCUGGCCGUCUUGUGCUGGGGAGCAGAAGAGAAGCGAGACAACGGCUGGUGGAUGGGCGCCCAAAAUGCAAGAGCUCUCGGUGGAGUCCGCGGCAAACGUGGCCCCGUCGAUGAGUGCUGCGAAAAAGCUUGCUCCAUUGAAGAACUGCUGACUUACUGCUAGUUGUGACUGUAAACGGUAUGCCGAAAUGUCAAUGUGAUGAAUAAAUGAGAUUUUUGUCGUACAAUUAGUUUCUUUUUUAUCAA